AUGGGAAAAUCCAACAAUAAGCGGCCAAAGAGCCAGCGGGGACUGAACAAGCCCACCGGUUUUGAAGAAUACAAUGCUGAUGGUCCAAUCACUCCAGCGGAGCAUGACGAACUGUCACAGCUUUACAAUCCCCGAUUCGAAGAUGCUCUCAUGCGAUUCCAACACAAGCGCCGGAUCUUCCCCGACAGAUUGAACGUGUUUCACAAGUAUCUGCAGUACGGCGGUGUCAGUGCUGGACCGAAUUAUGGCACCGGAGUGAGUGCCAAAGAGGUGAAAGGAAUGACCGAGGAGGAGGCCAUGCAAGCUCGAACCCAGACCGCUGUCGAAAAGUCCCGAGAGAACCUGAAUCUAGAUAUCAGCUUCAAUGAAGUUGCCAAAGGUUUCCUUGGCUCGUUCUUUGUUAGUCACUUCAAUCCAGAACGCCAGGCGGACAUUGAACUUGCAACGGUGACGCUGAGAAACUUUUACACCUAUCUUCUCUACCAUGACGUUUGCCCUGAAUACAAAGAUGACCUCGAACAAGCACGAAAGACCUGCGACCUCGCUGGAAUUGAACUCUUGAAGACCAUGAAACUCGUUCACAAAGCUCCAGGGGCCUUUAAUCGCUGCUGCUCAAUGUUGUUCGGCGGAUAUCAUUUUGCUUCCGAGUGGGAAAACACUCCAGCUGAUGGUCUCAAGAGUGGGGACGAGAAGUCUGACCAGAUUGCUCGCAAAGUGGUCAAGUAUGCCAUUGCAGGAGCCGGUUCCAACGAGCAAGCGUCCCGAUUCCAGGAGUUGGUCCAUCAGAACUCGGUUUCUACUAUGAAGCUCGAGGACAUUGACGGCUUUGAGAUCCUCGAAGUGAUUCAGCCUGAUGAUGCCACCCGCGAAUUUUACCAGCAAACCGCACCCGACCUGGUUCCCGUGGGCAAGAUCCGUGCCAAGUCCUACCGCGACCCGGCAAAUCCAGACAUCGACAUGUCUCCAGAUGAACGUGCGGAGUGGGACAAAGGCAAUGGCCCUGCUUAUGAUUUUGAGUUCUUCCUUGAGCCUGAGCUUCUUGAGUUCUGCUACCCUGGCUUGAAGAUCAUGACUGGCAUCUGGGAAAUCAACUGUGGUGUCUACUAUUUCGACGAGAUCAUGUCGACAUUGCCCUCGUUCUAUACCUUGAUGGCAAAUGACCUGAUGUUGCACUGGAAAUGGCCAAAGGACCUGUCAAAUGAGGAUACCAAACAGGAGGAUUCCGUAGAGCAAUCUGCCAGGGAGGCAGUGGAGCAGUAUCUGAAGGCUAAUGAUCCAAAUAACCCCAGUGACACUACCGUAGCGGCAGGAGUCUCUGACAAGGUCCUGAAGCAAUGCAAGGAGUUGACUGGCAUAGACAAUCUAAAGCUGGCAGGUCCGCCAAAGGCAAAGACUGGAAUGGAAGGAUCGGACUCGGAGGAUGAUGAGCUUUAG